AUGUUGCGUAUAUUGAGACUUCCAAUACAAGUACUGAGCCAGGCUCGAUCCACGACAGGUAUAUCAAGAUUUAUUGUUCCUGUACAAUCAUCAGUUCCUUCAUUUGAAAAAUCGUUUCAUACUAAUGUCGUAGUACAAUCUGGUGCUCAACGUUCAUUCGGGCGUACUAAUGAUAGAGGUAGUGGUAGAACCGGUGGUUAUAAUUUUAAUAAUGCUAGCGGAUCUCGUUAUAAUCGUCAUAAACGUGAUGGUUUCAAUAAUAAUCGGAAACAAUUUCGUAAACCUGUUAGAAAGGAUGAAGAUGAGUUAGAAUUCGAUGAAACUACUUUAGCAAAGUUGAUUCAUGUACCAAAGGAUGCAACCGCUGAAGAAGUGACUUUAGAUCAAAUGCUAGAAGAAAAAUUAAUGGAUACAAUGUUACAUAAAUCUAUAUCUCGUAUGGGGUUUGAUGGUUUAACACCUGUGCAACAAAAGACUAUUAAACCUAUUGUAAAAGAUGAAGAAAAUGAUGUUAUUGCAAGAGCUAAAACAGGUACUGGUAAAACUUUUGCAUUUUUAAUUCCAAUUUUUCAACAUUUAAUUAAUACUGCAAGAGAUUCUCAAUAUAUGGUUAAAGCUGUUAUCGUUGCACCAACAAGAGACCUUGCAUUACAAAUUGAAAGUGAAGUGAAAAAGAUACAUAAACAUAAUUAUGGUUUGAAAAAAUUUGAAGCUGUAUCAUUAGUUGGUGGUACAAAUUUUGAUUCCUCAAUGAGAAGAAUGAAUAAAUUAAGACCAAAUAUUGUUAUCGCUACACCAGGUAGAUUAUUAGAUGUAUUAGCGAAACAAGGUGACCGUUUUUUCAAAUAUGUUGAUUUUAAAGUAUUAGAUGAAGCUGACAGAUUAUUAGAAAUUGGUUUUAAAGAAGAUUUAGAAGAAAUAUCAAACAUUUUAAAUAAUUUGAAUGGGAAAGGUAAUGAUCAUAUUAGAACUUUACUAUUUUCUGCUACAUUAGAUGAAAAAGUUCAAAAACUAUCAAAUUCAAUUAUGAAUAAAGAAAGUUGUCUUUUCAUUGAUACGGUCGAUAAGAAUGAACCAGAAGCUCAUGAAAAGAUUGAUCAAUCUCUUGUUAUCUCAGAGAAAUUUUCUGAUAAUAUCUAUGCUGCAAUUCAACAUAUUAGAACACAAUUAGAACAAUCUCCUGAUUAUAAAGCAAUUCUUUUUACUCCAACUGUGAAAUUUACUAAAUUUAUUUCUCAUAUCCUAAGAAGAGAAAUCGGAAGAGAAUUACCUGUCUUAGAAUUCCACGGGAAAAUCGAACAAAGAAGAAGAACUAACCUUGUUAAAGAAUUCAAACAACAUCAAAAGGGUAUUUUGAUUUGUACCGAUGUUGGUGCUCGUGGUAUGGAUUUCCCAAAUGUCGCAGAAGUCUUACAAAUUGGUGUCCCAUCAGAACUAGCCAACUAUAUUCAUAGAAUUGGUAGAACUGCCCGUAGUGGUAAAGAAGGUAAAUCUACAAUUUUCUUAUGUAAGGAUGAAUUACCAUUUAUUGAGACAUUGGAAGAAAGGAAAAAUAUCAUCAUUAAGAAUAAAUUAGAUUAUAAAACUAAUGAAAAGAUAUCAAAAGAAUUUGCCUCUAAGAUUGAUGAUACGUUCGAAUUAUCCGAUACAUUACUAAGUUUAAUUUCUUUCUACAGAUCUGUUAUUAAAGAAUACGGAUUCGACACUAGAAAAUUGUUACCUCAAUUGGCUGCAUCUUACGGUGAAUUGUUAAAUGAUCCUGAAGAAAAGAUAUCGAUUGGUAGACAUCAAUUAGAAAGAUUAGGUUUGACAAAUAAUCCUGUUGCUAAGAAGAUGUUUAACAUUGAAUCAUCAAGACGUUUCAAUGACGACAAUGACUACGAACCAGAAAGAAAUAGAAAUUUCAGAAACAGAAAUUACGAUGAUGAUAAUAACAGCAGCAACCACAACAACCACAACGACAAUCAAUACAAUAGAUACUCAAAGAAUAAUGCAAGAGGUCAAAGAUUCAAUAGAUUUGGUAACUAA